AAACACCAGAGGCAUGUUUGAAGUCUGUACAUCACCCAGUCAUGUUCUUAAGUUUUCGUCGACUAUAUAAUCGACUUAAAAACUAAAAAUAGAUAUUUCCUUCGAACAACUGAAAUCAGGCAUAAAAGUAGACAUUCAGAUUCUCUUGACGCUGUCUUUCCCGUUUUCCUUUUUCGUUUGCAUGGGCCGUAUACGGCCCAGUAUACUGGUAAUUGUUUAACUACAAUUAAAAUAAAAUGUCAGCUCCUAGUAAUGUGAUGCUUAUUAUAUUUCGGAUAAGUUAGUAAUUUGUUUUGCACGGCUUUUUAUUUGCUGUAAAAUUAGAGUUGGGUAUAUGAAGGUAUGAUUAGCCAGUGUGUAACUUCAAGAAGCAAGAAUACAUAAAGAUCGAUGCUGUGUUAUUUCUACAAAGCUUACUAAUUUUGACCACUGCCUAGAUCGUCCAAAAUAUAAUUCUAACUGAAAAGCUUUUUUAAAGAUUUGGACAGAUGUUUACUUUAUUUAUUCACAUGAACUAAAUAUUUCCUCGGAUACGUUCAACUUUCUGUCUGGUAUAAUUAACGUAAUAAAAUGGCAAGUUAGUAAUGAAAACUAGUUGCAACAACUAAUGAUAACACCCAGAUCUUAUGCUUGCUACCAGCAGCAUUUUGGAAACGGUCUGUGAGUAGAACUGCUGACCAAGCCUAUUAAUCCGUCUGAAAAUGUCUUUUUUAAAAGGAGAAUAGUCAACAUAAAAAUCCAUACUCGCUCAUCAAAAUUGAUUCUGCUAACCAGUUUUUUUACGACGCUCAGACAGACGUCUAAAAUACAGUAGUCAUUUUUAAACCAUUGAUCAAACCAUAUCAUAUUAGAACAAUAAACAAGCUUUUACAACAAAUCAGUGUAUUGUAAUAAUGGUCCGAGUGUACAAGUCUUUCGUAUUUUAGAUAAUUUGUGUCUCCGUAAAGUCCUGUUUCCGGUUUAGAUAAUUAACACAAAGGUCUAGUUACGUCUUACUCUGAUGAAAAUCAUUAUGUAAUGACUUCAUGAAUCUAUUGUACCAGUAUGGCUAAAAUAGUUUAAUUUGUAUAAUCGAACUCUAUCGUUUGAGAUUCUCAUUCCUUACGGCUCUGUCAUGAACAGGAUCCCUGGAAAGAACAAGACCGGGAAAGACAAAAAGUAAUCCAAAUAAUCAUGUUCGUAAAGGUAUUUGUUGUUUCUUACUUAUAAUUGGUUUUUAGUAUGCCUUGUAAGGUUAGCCAGUAUUAAACAAUCAUUUACCAAAGAAGUAUUUGUGAUUAAUGUGAACUAGAUCUUUGAUCUACUUGGUAACGAUCUGGGUUCGAUAGUUCUUAUCGGUUUACUUUGUUGGUUUCCUUCACAUUUCAGGACAUUAAUGUACUUGUUUUCUUUCCGCUUUAACUGUGUCUAUUGACCUAUAAGUAGCAUUCAUCUCUGUCGGUCAAAAGGUCGUGUAUUAUUAUUAAUCACUGGUGUUCGUCACGCAAAAUGGCUAUGUUAAAUUGUUCCCAUCAGGGACGUCUACCACUCGCAUCCUUCAAAUUUUACAUGGAUAUACUGCUGGGGGAAAAUGUAUCAUCAUCUGUUUUCGUAGAUCCACAUUUCUAUGGAUGAAGAUGCUGAGUGUUUAUUUCUUUUUGUUCCUGUAUCACAGUGAAAAAGUCCUUAAAUUGCUUAUAUCCUUCAGACAGUAGUUCAUGGAACCAGAAGUAACUUAAAGGUCACAAUUAUAUUUUAUAAUCUGAUUUCAGUCCCUACCACACCUACUUUAGCUUUUGCAGCUGGUAUGUAUCAUCAUAAUAAAGAACUCAAAGCAGAGUAAAUAAAUCUAUGUUUCGUUACUAAUCCAGACUAACCUAUCAACAAAGGUAGUAGGCUACUCUCCUUAUCGUCAGUUUCAUUGCCACUGGUCAAUUUGCGGCCGUUAGUAUUAAGUCGCGCACAUGAAAAUGCUUGGGUUUUUACAGCCUUUGCCACCUGUGGCACUAGAACUAUGCUCAACCACACAUCAGAGAGUGGGCACGCUCCAUUAUUGUCUGCUCGGUAUUCACGUGUCAAAAAGUUUAGAUACAAGAGUUAUUCAUCAUUCGAUGAAACUGUUGAUACAGAUUUAUUCACUUUUUGUCUUCUCUUCCAUCAUGAGCUUCCGAAUUAUCAUAUCUGCUAUUCUUUGAUUUAACUAUUUCUCCAAUCUCUUUGACUUAUCUUUUUUAAUAUCGCUAAUACUACCGUUACCUCUAGUACUUUGUUAUUCCGGUGACUGGUGAUUUGGUGUGGCGAAUAUGAUCAAUAAACAUUUGUUACAGGAUUCUGAGUUAUUCCUAACUAACUGAAUGACUCUAUCUUAAAUUCGCUGAAUACGUACAUGCUUUCCAAACCUUGUUUCGGUUCACAUGUGCUACAACAAAAACACUCAUAAGUAUGUCAUCUUCUGUAUAACGUUAUUUCAACAGAAAACGACGAUGAUACGAUUUGGGAUGCUAUUAUUCCUCUUUCAGUCAUUAAUUGUGAUUAAGUUGUGUCUUAUAGUUCGGGUUCUUUAAAAAAAUGUAUUUUUAUAGCUUCCAUUAGAGGUAAUCCAAAGGAAGAUCAUUUAAGCGGUCAGCGAUAACUAGUUGUUGAAUACGUAUCCAUCGUGCGAAAUAAUAACAUUCUGAUUCUCAAAAACCACGGAUUGCAAUGAUUCGUGAGAAUGAAAAUUAUUGUAGAAAUAUGUAUUAGGUUGAUGUAAAUGGUUUCAUGUUUGUAAAUAAAUCCAGGUCUUUUCUGUAAAAAAGACCUGUCAACUACGUUUUUGCAACUAACGUAGAUGUGCGUCAUCAAAAUAUAUUAACAUCUAAUUUAUCAAAAAACUUCUGCCCAGUGAUGUUAGUUGUAAUGAGGGUUUAUCGGUUAACAACCUUUGAUCAUAUUUUUAAACUCCUUAAUCAAAUUUAUCGGUGUACUGAAGAUUGCUUGAUUUCCUAUUUUUUUUGUUACGUGAUUCAUUCUGUUUUUAAAUGCGGAACCAAUAAAUUGCUUUACGUUGUCAGAUUAUCGAGGUUUCAAAGUACUAUAGGAAUAAUGUCCACACAUUUGUUUUUUUAUUUGUGAGUACUUUCGACUGUUGCCCGCUAUGAAGUCACAACAUUUUUCGAGUCUGUACUUUGUAUAAUCAAAUGGAAAUCUCAGUAACUAUUUUGUGUGCUAAUCGAGAUUGUUUCUAACACAUGUACGUACUAGUUUUGGAUCGAUCAAUUCCUUAUUCAUCUUUCCAAUUUUAUUUUAGAUGUGCUAUCAUAAUUUUCUUAUACAUUACUUGUGGUGUGCAACUAGUUAUCGUUUCUUUACUUAAGUUGAGUGCAUGAUAGUACCAUAAUCGCCAAAAAACUUGGUAUAUCAUAUCAAAAUGAUGACUAUCCGUCUGAGUACCCAUGGCUGGUGUGUGCUGAUUAUAAGCAUUUUGGUUAUCUUUCUGUACUAUCUGUCGUCAUUUAAUCCUAUCGGACAUCUUAAAGGGGAAGUUACCAGUGUUCGAAGAUUGUUAACUCACUGCAUACAUCUUUCCGAAGAAGCUGGUGGUCUUAUAAAAUUUAUUAGUUUGAAGCAUAGCCUUAAUUCACGUACCAAACACGGGGGUAUGCUGAGGCGAGAGCCUCUGACAGAUGCGGACCUGGGAUCUCAUCAAAUAAUCGUGUCGGGUUUGACCUCGGCUUUUCCAGAGCUACUAGUUCGCUCCGAAGAGCAUGAAUUACCAACACACCGUCUGUUUGAUUAUAAAGAAAGUGUUUAUCAUUCGGAUUUUCAAAGUUCUCUUCCUAAUGAUGAUCUUUUUGUGCCUAUUACAGAUUUGGUAAUAUGGGUAGAUCCCUUAGACGGAACUCAAGAGUAUACAGAAGGCUUAAAUGAAUAUGUUAGCGUCAUGAUAUGUAUUGUACUUCAUGAUCACCCAAUAGCUGGUAUUAUCCAUCAGCCAUUUCUUAACAAAACAUACUGGGGUUGGGGUUCAUAUGCAUUAUCAUCUGAUUUACAAAUGGCUGUAAAUUCUCGUCCUGUUCAUUCGUUAAAAACGGUUUGUCGAUUACUUAUUCACGUUCACAUUUAAACGAAUCACUCAUAAAAGAUUUGACCAAACUUGUAUAUCCGAAACCGGUUCAUUUUAUACCAGCAGGUGGUGCGGGUCAUAUCUUGGAUGCUUAAUCUUUCCUGUUAUCACUAAUACUUUUACUAAUUUGGGAUUUACCCCAACAAUUACAUCUCGCUGUGUUCAUUGGUUAUGGCAACCUGAUCUGAUGUACACACAUACCUAGUACUACGUUGCGUCCGAUUGAUUGUACUUUAGCUGCUUACGUGUUUACCUAUAUUCUGGAAGUAAAAAUAAACCAUAACCAUUGACUGUUUUGAAUUUGUGUUGGAAUUCGCAUUUCGAUAUCCUAGUUACCCUGACGUAAUAGUCAUUCUAAACCCUCAUUUUUUUAUUUAAUUUAGUCGGAACGUUAGACAUUUGUAAUGAUUUAUCAUCAUCAUAAAUGAAUAGGAGUACUUUUGAAAAUUUCGGUGGAAGUAUUUUUAAUUGUUCAAUUAUUAAGUGAUGUAGUACGUCACCACACUUGGAAUUUCGAAAUGAAUUUUUAGGUUGCAUUGUUUGCAGUUUAAUAAUAAACAUCGUCCUUAACUGAGCUUAAACCAAAAGGCCGUACCAUUUUCUGUACUAAUCAAACGAACGCUCUGAGAAACAGCUUUUGGUUUGGUGGAUAAACGAUAUUCAUCUUUCAGACCUUUAUCAUAAUAGCUACUCAGAAAUUAGAUUUCGUACAAAUAUACGUUAAGAAACUGGUUGAUAAUUAAUUAUCUCAUAAUGCAUAGUCGUCAGUUAAUUUUGACUGACUCAAAGCUACUCUAUCACCUUGAUUAUUUAAAUUAUAUAGAGUGAGAUUCAAAAUGGUUAAAGGUUCUCCAUGAAUUUUGAUUUAGAAUGCUCUGCUUAUCUUGUUUGAUUUCAGAUAAUUAUGUUACGUUCAACUAAUUUUGAUUUUGGGAUUUGUUCAAUGAAACUUAUCCUGAAUAGUUAUCUAAUGUUUUAAUAAGUUGAUAAAUAUUAUUUUAAGACUUCAACGUAGUCAAUGUAUUGUAUGACCAUACAAAUAUAUUAAAUACUUUUAGGAACAGUCACGACUAUCAAAAGUAACAUGAAUACGUUCUCAUGACCAUUUGAAUUUGUGAAUCACUGGUGCGAAAUGAAGUAAAUUAUACUUUUAAAGUAUGUAACAUAGUAUUUUAGUAACUUCCAGGUUACAUAUGUGUUUCUUACGUAGGCUUUAAAGCUAUCAGUCUUAUCAAAGGAGAUGCAGAUGUGUAUAUUCACCCAUCAACUACACGUCGAUGGGAUGUUUGUGCACCACAAGCAAUCUUGGAGUCUGUCGGUGGUCGUCUUACCGGACUGCAUGGUUCUCCUCUUGGAUUUGGCUCAAAAUCUUCUCCAGGUAUACAAAGCGAAAUGGGCCUCUUCGCCGCUGCAGACCGUGUGUUGUAUGAUAGGUGGAAUACCAAAAUUUCCGAUUUCUUUAAAACCUGAAGUUGAAUCUCAUUUCCCUACAUAAUAUCCGAAGUUGUUUCAUAUCUUUUCUAUUUGGGAGAUUAUGCGGUAAGCAUCACCAAUUGUAAAACAUAUUAUCAACAUUACACCAAUAUAAUUCAUCUGUUUUUCCAAUCGACUCUUGUGUUUCACAACGAUAUACAUUGCUACGAUGAUAGUUUGAUACAUAUUUUCGUAAAACUAAUAUAUCCAAUAAAAUGCGUUCUCUUCUGCAUUCCUCUUAC